AUGGCAGAGGCUCACCAUCAAAAGAUAAUGAAGGCCGUCAAGUGGGACAAGGAAAACCGUUCGGUCAAAGUCGAGAAGGUCAAGGUGCCCAAAAUUCAGCACCCUCUCGAUGCAAUCGUGCGCAUCACUAGUGCUGCUAUUUGCGGAACCGACUUGCACACGACAAGAGGUCGAAUUGAAAUGGACGACCACUUGACAUUUGGCCAUGAAUCUAUGGGAAUCAUUGACCAAAUCGGAGACGAUGUUUCCUCUGUCAAGGUUGGAGACAGAGUCGUGAUUUCUGGGCUUGCCAACAAAAUUGGUCCGAAUGGGUCCUCUAUUUUGUACGGAACCUUUGGCACCGGGGACUAUGGUGUGGCAGAAACCGCGAGUCAGGAGGACGGUGGCCAGGCAGAGUUUAUGCAAGUUCCUUACGCUGAUGAUAAUCUCUUCCCGGUGCCAGCCGGAAAAGGAAGUGAACUCGAUUAUUUGCUCUUGGCAGACAUAUUUCCAACUGCUUGGUUUGCUUUGGAGCGUGCUGAACAAGUCAUUGGCGAUACUGUUGUCGUGUUUGGCGCCGGCCCUGUUGGACUUUUGUGUGCAUACUCUGCUUUUCUCCGAGGUGCCGUUCGAGUUUACAGUGUAGAUAAUGUCCCGGAGAGAUUGGCAAAAGCAAAAAGUAUCGGUGCAAUUCCUAUCAAUUUCAGUCACGGACCAGCCGAUGAACAAAUCCUCAAACUUGAACCUCAAGGUGUUGACAGAUGCUGCGACUGUGUUGGGUUUGAAUGUCUUAAUGAAAAGGGCGAGAAUGUGGAGAAUACAGUGAUCAACUGGGCUGUCAAUGUGACGAGACUUUAUGGAGGAAUCGGCCAGAUCGGUGUAUAUGUGCCUAAAGACAUAGGUGCAAAGGAUCCAGCAACCAUGAAAGGCAUUCUACCAUUUCCAGUAGGGCUGAUGUGGGUGAAAGGAAUCUCCCUCAAAGGCGGUGCAGUGCAGCUCAGACUGUAUCAAGACGUUCUCUUGAAGUUGAUCCAAAGCGGAAAGGCAAAGCCAAGCUUCGUCUUCACGAACAAAUUCAACAUUGACGACGCGGUCAAGGCAUACGAUGACUUUGGCAAUCGUAAGCUGAUCAAGGCUGUCUUUCAGUUCCCAUCGAAGGAGCACAGUGAAGCGGAGGCUGAGAACUAG